AUGUCUGCAUGCAAGCCUGGUCUGUUGCGGGAUACCGAAUACCAGAAAGGUGAGUAUCAGGUUGAAGGGGAGAACAUGUACUUCUUUACACAGCUGAAUCUUAAAGAUCAUGGUGGGUCGCGUGUAAGUCGCAAAGCAAAAGACGGUUUUUGGGCAUCUUCUGACGGAUAUAAACAUGUUGAGCAUCAAGGAAUCUCACUUGGUUGUAAGAUGAUUACUUUGAACUUCUUCUACAAGGGUGUGAAUUCCAAAGGAAAGAAAACCAAUUGGCUGAUGAAAGAGUAUAGGCUCGAUGUGGUAAAGACUUCCACCAUGGAAACUACAGCUCGUGGUCGGAAAGGGAAAAGGGUGGCUGAAACUCAGGAUGACAAUCCCAAAAAGGUGAGAAACAAAUAA